AUGACGAAAACGAAGACAGAUAUUCCAAUCAACUGCACUGUCCUGGUGGUAGGAGGCGGACCAGGAGGGUCAUAUACCGCUGCAGCACUUGCCCGCGAGAAAAUCGAUGUUGUUCUUCUUGAGGCAGAUAAAUUUCCGAGGUACCAUAUCGGGGAAAGCAUGCUUCCUUCCUUCCGACACUUUCUACGCUAUAUCGACCUAGAGUCUACGUUUCUCAAUCACGGCUUCACCCAGAAGAACGGUGCGGCAUUCAAGCUUGUCCAAGAUAAGAGAGAGGGAUACACAGAUUUCAUUUCCGCCGGUGGACCGAACAAUUUCACAUGGAACGUCAUCCGCUCAGAAGCGGAUGAGCUGAUGUUUCAGCAUGCCGGAAGGAGCGGAGCGAAGGUUUUUGAUGGCGUGAAAGUAAAUGACUUUGACUUUGACGAUAUGACCGGCCAUCCCCGUGCGGCGUCGUAUACCCAGAAAGCCUCGGGAAGCAAAGGUACAAUAAAUUUUCAGUAUCUGGUCGACGCCAGUGGCCGGGCUGGACUGGUCAAUACCAAGUAUACCAAAGAUCGCACUUAUAACAAGACUCUUAAGAAUAUCGCGCAUUGGGGCUACUGGAGGGGGACGAGGCCCUACCAGGAAGGAAUGGAAAGGGACAACUCGCCGUUCUUUGAGGCCCUGAAAGGUUUGUUUUCUUCUGUUUCUGAAGACGAGAGCGGGUGGGCUUGGUACAUCCCACUCCACGAUGGAACUGUAUCUAUCGGAGUCGUCAUGAACCAGGAACUAGCCACGUCGAAGCGGAGCGCCUUGUCUAAUACCUUCUGCAAAGAAGACCACACGCUAGAAUCAUUCUACAGCUCUUCUCUCGAACUUUGCCCCACUAUGAUGCAGCUCAUAUCCGGUGGCAACCUUACAGGCUCUGUCAAAUCGGCGUCCGAUUACUCCUACAGCGCAUCUACUUAUUCGAAGCCCUAUGUAAGAGUUGUCGGCGACGCCGGCUGCUUCAUCGACCCUUUCUUUUCCUCGGGAGUCCAUAUCGCUUUGACUGGUGCUCUCUCGGCAGCUGUCACGAUCUGCGCUGCUCUAAAGGGCGAUUGUAAGGAAGCCAGUGCGGCAAACUGGCACACUACAAAGAUUCAGGGCGUGUAUCAGCGGUUUCUGAUGGUCGUACUGAGUGCGUACCAUCAGAUGAGAAGACAGGAUGUCGGUGUCUGGAGUCAGCUUGGUGAUGAUAAUUUUGAUGAGGCUUUUGAAAGUAUCAGAGUCGGUGAGUAUGCCUGUCUUAACCUUGUCCUAAUCGAUCAAAAUAAAUGGAAAGCACAAGAUGAUCGAGCAUCCAGCGCCAACUAA